AUGAAUCAGUUGACAGUGAGUUAUGGCCUAAUUUCCCCAGAUUACUGCACUUCCCAAGAUGCGCACAUCUUACCGAUAACAAAGAUUCUAUAUCCGGAUAUACCUAGUAAAAACUACUUUCUCACUUCAGGAAGGGAUGGUUCCAUAAUUUUGCACAGGAACGCACAACUCUCGAACGAGGUUGGAUCUGGUGCCACCACACCAAACGAUGCGAUAAGAAUGCAAGUUCAUAGCGAUUGGGCUAGCGACCUAAUACAAGUUAGUAUGAAAAAUUCAGACCCAUCUGCGGGAGACACAUUCAUAUCAGUAAGUCACGAUUUUUCCAUAGUAUUAAUUAGUGUGAAUGCGCAGCUAACCACAUGGGAUAAGAAAAUAAUUGGCGACCAUGACGAUUAUAUCAAGUGUAUAGUGCCCAUACAUUAUGAAAUGUCAAAGGACUAUGAAUUAGAUGAACAAGAGGAUGGCGCUGAUGAUGAAUAUGAUGGAAAAAAUAAUGGAAUUGCUGUUGACGAACAGAACAACUUCCUUUUUGCUACAGGUGGUUUAGAUAGAAAAAUCAAAGUUUGGUGUCUGAGCAGCGGCCCAGAAAAAAUGACUACACUACUACACACAUUUGAUAAUGCACAAUCAAACGACACAGGCUCAAUAUAUUCCAUGAGCCCUGUCAUCCCAAAAUACAAUUUCAGUAACAACCAAACAGCCCGUCCCUUUGAUUUAGUUGCCGGAGACUGUAAUGGUGAUUUGAUUUUCUAUUCGUGUAGAAAUCGUAAAGAGGUGAUAAGAAUUGAAAACGCCCACAAAACAAACAUCAAAGUAGUAAGAACUCUUAAUGACUCCACGCGAUUAAUAAGUACCAGCUCAGAUGGUGUAAUAAACGCAUGGGACUUGAACUGUAAGCAUGAUCAGACUACUGGUGUCCUUCAGGCGCCCAAGAAGAUUGGAUCCUGGUCCUGGGAUUCUUCAAUAUGGUGCGUCCAAGGAACAAACGUUGACAAGUUGUACUUUGGCGACUCUCAAGGCAAUGUGAUGAGAGCAAACUUAUCCAGCUAUGAAGAUGCCAAACUCACAAGAAUUUUUAGACCUGACCGCCAUCAUCAUCAUCAUCAUCACCAUCAUCAUCAUGACGAACAUGAAGAACAAAAUACAUCAACUACAGAUACAAAAGUAAAAAAAUACGGUGGUAUCCUCGAUAUUGCCCUUUUACCUAAUGAAAAAUUGUUAUUUUCGUUUUGUACUGACUCAAAUUUAAACGUGCUAGAUUUAACUAGUAACCGUUUCACCGUCAACGAAGGAGGAUUCGCGCUGACUAGAAGCUCCUUGCUAACCAAUAGGAGGCAUGUAAUAACGGAAAACACGAAAGGCCAAAUGCAAAGAUGGGAUAUCGUUUCAUGCGAGCUUUUGAACACCUUUGAUUCUUCAGAGGGUUCCUUUGAUGAUAUCGUAAUGAAAUACACCUCAAAAGAAAUUCUAUCUCAUUGGUGUACAGUUUCCGUUAAGGUUGGUAUGCUGUUCGUGAAAAUAAAUCCAAAGUUUUUAAAGACUGAAAUUUAUGGAUCUGCGCUAAAAGAUUAUCAAGUUGUGAACAAUAUUGAAGUUAACUCGGAUGAAAGAUAUAAUCUAGGUAAAAUUGUUAUCAAUUCACUUUUCAAUGAAUUCAUAUCGUAUGAAGUCCAAAAGGACAAACUUUUAAGGAAGAAAAUCUUCAGUUUGAAAAAGAAAGACUUAAAUAAUUCAUUAACCUUGGAUACAGGAUACAACAGUGAACCCAAAAAGAAUAACAAAGACAAAAAGAGGAAAUCAACAUUUAAACUAAGCUCAACUUUGUCCAUUGGAAAUACCAACGGCAAUGGGACCCCACCAAACUCGGCUCCUGCAACGCCGGUAAUGGCAGAGACUAUAGCUUUAGAAGAACAACCAUUGUUGCAGUCUGCUUCUGAUAAAACAAUAGAUGACUCUUUAGAACUUGUCCAACCACUGCCUGCAUCUAAAAAACCUUAUUUCAGAACCCAAAGUUCGGGCUCUUUGUUAAGUAGAAAGUUUAAAUCAUUUAGGUCCACUUCUGGUCGUGCAACAACAGGGUUAAACACUCCAGAGGAGCCCAAAGGAAGUUUGCUAGAUACUGCGCACGUUAUUAAUGAUGACACUGCCUUUCCUCAAGCUAUCAAUGCAACCCAACAAUCUAAGGAUGCAACUCCAGAAUCCAUAUUAUGGAAUCACCCUUUCAAGCUGGAGCAAAAACUAUCCGCUAUUUCGUCGCAAGAUUUGCCCAGUAACAACACUCAUAGCAAACUAAAAUCGACUGAAAACUCGAGGGCGAAUUCUACAUUAACGUUAGAAGGCAACGAAAAGAAGAAGCCUGAGUUUAUGCCUGAUUUACUAGAGCAAAUUCAAGAAUCUUACAAGCAACAAUAUAUGAAUACUUCUUCUCUAAAAUAUCUGACAAAGAGGCUUCCCGUAACCAAGAUAAUUAAGGCCAGUUCAUGUCCAAUUAUUAGAGUCAAAUCCGCCACGUUAGUUUUGGUACAUCUUUGGAAAGAAGGUUCAUGUGGUGGCAGGGUAUUAUUCUCGACCCUUUUACCACCAUCCCGUGUCGAUAAUGAAACUUUUAAUGCCGGCAAAGAAAAUUCCAAACUACCAGAUGAUGAAGAGUUGGACCCUCAAGCUGUAGAUGAUGAUAAAUUAGGUCAAUAUGAUCUUAUCGAUGGUGAGUUAGGAAGCAGAUUGAACAGAAGGCAAAUUUUUGAGCAAUUGGAGGAAAAUUUGCCCUAUUGGUUUGCAAAAGCUUUAUUUAGGGAUAUUAAGACCGUAGAAGAGCAACCGAAGUUGAAUUUCUUAAUCAUGCCCUGGUCUUCUGUUGGUAGGAGUGAAACGAACGGCAAUAAUGAGAACAAGAAGAAGUAUAUCAAUGCAUCAGAUACCACAGAAUCUUCUGCCAACGAUAGCAGCGAUAGCAGCCUUGGAAAUGGUAGUGAAGUUGUUUCCCCAUCAACACAGCAACAAUUCCAUAAUAUGUUGAAGUUUGGACGUCCAAAGACAAGUGAGCAAGAAUUGAACCCCACAGAUUUACCGAAGAUCUCUGAGGCUAAUGUCAAGUUGGUUGCGCCUGGGAUGAUUAGAGUGAAAAAAAUAAAACUUUACGUCGCUGACAGAUUUGAAACGAAAACUCCUGAAAUGAAAGCAAAAAUCGAACCUAGUCUUUGGUUGGAUUUAUUAUGCAGGGGCCAAGUGCUUGAUAACGACAUGACUUUAAAUACCGUUAGAACGCUAUACUGGAAAUCUCAGGGAGACAUAAUUCUAGAAUACAGAAGAAAAGUACAUAAUUCGCCAUUAAUUCAUGAGGUAAAUGGGAAUGAGGGCAAAUGA